AUGAUGAUGACGCAGCCGUUUCCUGCCCACCAAGGCAUGCCGCAACAUGGGUUUCCCCCCGGUCACCCAAUGGCCGCGCAACAUCCAAAUGGACACCCCGGCGCUGGAAUGGUACAGCAAAUGCAUCCUGGUGUGUCUGCGCCAGGAGGACCUCAAGCCAGCCCAGCGGGCCCGAUGAUGGGCGGCAUGGCCCCGGGCGCUGGGACAGCUGGUCCUGGUGGCCCAAAUGCUCAUGCCCUCUCCCAUCUGAAUCCCGCGCAGGCGCAUAUGCUUCAGACCUCCCAAUUCCAACAAAAUUUCGCGAACAAUCCCCAUCUAAUACACCAGCACCAACAACAGCAACAGCAACAAUUAAUGCGGCAACGAAUGAUGCUCCAACACCAGCAGCAACAACAACACCAGCAGCAGCAGCAGCAACAGCAGCAUCAGCAACAACACCAGCAGCAGCAACAACAACAGCAGCAGCAGCAACAGGGUCUCCCAGUGACAAUGCCUAAUGGUACACAAGGACUUAAUGCUGCCCAAAUUGCUGCAAUGCAAGCGAACCCUGGAAUGCGACCCGUCAAUAUGAUGCACAUUCAGCAGCAAAUGCCGCAUGGUCAGCCGCCAACUCUCCAGCAACAGCAGCAAUUCUUCGCUAUCCAGCAGGCACAGCAGCAGCAGGCACAACAGGCUCAGCAGGCUCAACAACAUGCUCAGCAACAGGCAAAUAAUGGACAAUCAGGCCAGCAUACCCCGCAGCGUACAUCAGCACAACCCCCGAAUAUGCACGAACAGAGUGCCACCCCACAGUCGCAGCAUGGUGGACCAGGAGGGGGCACACCACAACCCUCCCAGACCUCUCAGCCGCCAUCCACUCAACCUCCGCAAUCGCAGGGUCCCCCUCAAGGCCAACCCACUCCCAAUCCCCCAUCGCAGCAAUUGCCGCAGUCUCAACAGCCAGGUCAACAGGGGCAGCCUGGCGUGCAGCCUCAACCUCCCCAGGGUGCUCAGGGCCAGCAACCGGGUCCUCAGAAUCAGCAGAUGACAGCCCAGGAAGUUCAGUUGAAAGCACAACAACACCAGAAUGCUCUUAUGAUGCAGCAGCAACAGCAACAGCAACAGCAAAGGAAGAACAACGCAAUCUUGACCAUUCAUGCCUAUGCUGAGCAUCUGGGAAACUUCCAACCCCGCAAUGAGACCCAGGAUCUUCUAUAUUGGCAAUCGUUCGUCGACCGUUUCUACUCCCCUGUAGGUGUAUUGCGACAGGGUGUUUGGAACAACACGAUUGGAUCUAAACAAUUUGAAAUUGGGACUCCCGCACUGGCACGUUAUUAUUUGACCCAGUUCACCAGCGGAAUUAGUCAAAUUCAGAUGGUAGUGGAAGGUGCUCGUGAGCGGGAAUCUCAUAACGGAGGACAUUACGUGGAAGCCCCGAAAUGUUCAUUCAUUUAUUGGUUCAAGAAUGAGUGCCAGCUUUUCACUAACGGCACGUUGCGCGCGCAUUUCGAUAUGCACAACAAGCUUGAGAUGCUCGAUGUUAAUGUCGUCAGCCACAACGAGUUCAUUCCGCGGUCUUUGUUGUUGGCCAUGGAGGCGGACUCCCAAAAGCAAAGCCCGAAGGUCUCAAAGAACUCAAAACGCGCCCAGCCUAAGCAAGCACCAUCAUUACUACCGGACUCCAACGUGACUGCCAACGGCGUGCCUACUCCAGUGAUGGGAUUCAUGGAAGUGGCUGAAACCAUUUCUGCCAUGCAAAUGCUGUUCCAAUUUUCGCAAGCAAACCCGCAGCUAUCACCUCCUGACGCUUUGCGGAAUCUCGUCAACACCCUCCAGUCGCAAACUCCCAAUCCAGGCUUUGUGUCAACUCCCAUGCCCAUGAAUCCGGGUAUGAAUCCAGCCAUGAAUCCGGGUAUGAAUCCAGCCAUGAACCAGGUUAUGAAUCCAGCCAUGAACCAGGGUAUGAACCCGGGUAUGAGUCCGGGCAUGAGCCCAGGUAUGAACCCAGGUAUAAGCCCGAGCAUGAACCCCGCCAUGAACCCAGCUAUGAAUCCUGGCAUGAAUCCGGGCAUGAAUCCGGCGAUGCACCCAGGCAUGAGCCCAGGCAUGAAUCCAGCCAUGAAUCCAGCCAUGCACCCUGGUAUGAAUCCGGGUAUGAAUCCAGGCAUGAACCCUGGCAUGAAUCCAGGCAUGCAGCCCAUGCAAAAUGUUCGUGGACAUAGCAUGGGCGCUCCGUCGCAGUUUGCCUCGCCUGCUAUGGCCCAUCUUGGUCUCCCCGGGCAGCAAGGCUCGCCUCAUCUGACUGGUUCAGCACACGCAAGCCCAGCCCAAAGCAACCUUGCCGGUCCCCCCGGAAUGCAACCACCAAUGCAACCGUCCCCAGCUGGCGUGAACAACAGUCCAAAUGUAGGUGGCAACAAACGUCGCCGGGCAAGCACCGUCAAAAUGGAAUCCGAGGACGGUGGUGGAGUCGAAGCUAACGGCGCACCGCAACAGGGCUCAGCGAAAGUAAAGGCUAGCCCUCGGGUGCCGAAGCGACAAAAGGGCGCCGCCGCCUAA